GUCCCACCAGACAGACAUAUAUAUAUUUUGCUUGUCUGUAUUCAGAGACCUAUAUACGUGUAGGCCAUGGGUAUCAUCGCACACGUCGACGCCGGCACAGCGAGCUUAUCUCGAUCGAGCAGGUCGCAAUGCAGCGCCCACGAACCUGUUGGUCCUGAUCCGUCAAAGCUCAGCUGGAUGAGUGAGGUUCGCGAUGGAAGAGGGUGUGCCCUUUCUCGUUCUCUAUCCAAGUGCCCAAGGCAUGAAAUUGUGAAUCAACGGCCCCUUGUCGGUCUGGAGCAGGUGGGACCUCUGUGGGUGCGUGGAUUCCAGGGGUCUGGUGCAUACUGCCUAGGUUAUAGUAGUAGUAUUAGUGUGCGCAACGCCGUUGUCGGUCGCAUGCAUUCCUACACUGCAAUUACAGACAUGCACCCGCUCACCGUCGAGUCGCAAUCAACCAUUGCUACAAACGUAUCCGUACAGGAGGCUCAUUUACCGCCGCUGCUGAUCGCUCCAUGCUCUGAGAGUGGUCGGGUCCACUUGAAGGUGUCCACGUUGGGCUUUCGAUCGGUGUGAAGAAGGUUGCUGAAUGCCACACGAUUCGGCUGCGUCGCCUGGCUGUCCCUUGAUAAGCGUCCUUCGCUUGACUGCCCUCGUCUGCGGAAGAACCCCCCUCCAGGCGUGUCGGAACAGAAAGGUACGACCCGCAGUGCCGAAUGUCAAACGGCAACGAUGUACGGAGUACAAUGUAGAUGUAUGGAUGGCCACACUCUGGGUCGAAACCGGAACGGCCCCGCUUACAGCAGGGAAACUAUUUAGAUCCCGUUGGCGGCAACAACGCAUGCCAACGCUAUCCUGGAUCAUUUCGCUAUUUCAGGAAUCCAACCUGCCGAAGCCGU